AUGAAAAGGAGCCUGAAAGAUGGUUAUAUCACUGAAGAUUUUCCUAAAGAAGUACUAGAAAAAAGAAGGGAGUUAAAGCCAACGUUACUGUCGGACAACAGAUUACAAGAACUGGAAGAAGCUAUAACACCUAUAAAAUGGGAUGUCAUAGGUCUUUGUGAGGAUAGAAGAAUAGGAGAAGAGAUAAGAGAAUAUGAGAAAUACAUUUUUUAUUUCUAUGGUAAACAAAAAGGUCUAUAUGGAAUGGGAUUCCUGGUAAAAAAAUAUUUAAAAGAUAAAAUAAUUAGCUUCCAGGGAAUAUCAGAUAGAAUCGCCAUACUCAACAUUCAAUUAUCAGAGGAUAAACAACCAUGGUCCAUUAUUCAAGUACAUGCACCCACAGAACAAGAUACAAAAUUAGCGAAAGACGAAUUCUACAAAGCCAUGACAGAGUUGAUGCAAAAGAAGAAAAUAAUUAUCAUGGGAGACUUUAACGCCAAGUGGAUACCCAACAUGAAGAUGAAAAACGCGAAAAUUACGACAAAGAGACUAUCUAUAGCGAAAGUAGCGACAGAUUUUUAUAAAAACUUAUACACGGAGACAAAUAGAACAACGAUAGAAGAAGAAGAAAAGGAAGCUUACGAAGAAGACGAAGAAAUACCUUGUAUACUAGAAUCUGAGGUCGCAAAGGCUAUAAAAUCACAAAAAAGUGGAAAAUCUCCGGGAAAUGAUAAAAUAUCCAAUGAAUUACUAAAACAUCAAGAUCACCGCUUAUCAGCAUGUACAGAAUUUGCGAAAUUAGACGUGAACAAACGAAUUGAACAUAUACAGAACGCGAGAUUAUGUUUUAAUUGUCUAUCACCGAGUCACAGUGUCAUACAUUGUAGAUCCAAAGCGUCCUGUCAUGAGUGCAGAAAGAGACAUCAUACAUUAAUUCAUCUCACCAGAACAGAAAGAGAGAGUGAGCCUAACAGGUCUGAAAAUACAACAAUAGAGACUCCAACUACAUCUGAAUCGAGAGUUAUUCGAUCACAUCUUACAGUACAAGGAAAAACUGCAUUAUUAGCAACUGCACUGGUUAACAUCGAAACUAGUAAAGGGCCUCAAACCUUAAGAGCUCUUAUAGAUCCAUGUUCACAAGAGUCCUUUGUAAAUGAAAUAACUGUGAAACGUUUACAAUUACGCAGAAGAAUAGUGGAAGGCGAGGUGAGUGGUGUAGAUCAGAUGACAUCAAAAAUCAAAUAUGCUACUGAGUUGGAGAUCACUUCGAGACUUACAAAUGCAUUCAAAAUUAACUGUACAGCAUUUGUAGUAAAACAAAUCACAGACUUUUUACCCACUUCAAGAGUCAAUAAUGAAUCUUUCUCUCACAUCCAACAUUUAACUUUGGCAGAUCCAACAUACAUGGAGCCAGGUACCGUAGAUUUACUUUUAGGAGUUAAUGUAUUUACUGAAAUAAUAAUGAGUGGAGUAAUUAAAGGAAGUGAAGGGUCACCAAUUGCCCAACAAACACAGUUUGGUUGGAUAAUAUCUGGAGGAGGUAUAAAGGAAAAUAUAACAAGAGGAAUAGUAAGCAUGCACUUAAACGUAAAACUAGAGAAAAUGUUAGAGAAAUUUUGGGAAGACGAGAAUGUGGAGAUUAGAACUAACACCCCUUAUACAUUAGAAGAGUUACGAGCUGAGCAAAUUUACGAGAAUACUACAACACGAGAACCUAAUGGAAGAUACGUCGUCGCACUUCCGUUUAAGCACGACGAACCUAACCUACCUACACAUACAUAUGAGAGAGCACUAGACAGAUUCAAGAGAUUAGAGAAAAAACUAUCACAAAAUGAGAAACUGAGUCACGAGUAUAAUAAAGUCAUGAGAGAGUAUCUUACUUUAAAUCACAUGGAGCUGGUAAAAGAGAGAACGAGAAACGAGAGAGCCAUAUACCUACCGCACCAUGCAGUAUUGAGAGAAGAUAAAAUUACGACAAAAGUUAGAGUUGUGUUUGAUGCUUCGAGUAAAGGAAGCAACAAUAUUUCACUUAAUGAUGAGUUAUUAAUUGGUCCACCAUUACAAGAAGAAUUACGUAGUAUUUUGAUGAGAUGGAGAAUGCAUAAGAUUUGUUUUACAGCGGACAUAAUCAAAAUGUACCGACAAAUAAGACUGAGAAAGGAAGAUACAGAUUAUCACAGAAUAUUAUGGCGUUUUAGUGAUGAAGAAGAAAUACAAGAUUAUAGAUUGCUAACAGUCACAUUUGGCACAGCAUGCGCGCCAUACCUUGCAAUAAAAACACUUAAACAAGUAGCGAUAGACGAAGAUAAGGAUGAGUCAUUACAAGAGGCACAGAGAGCCAUUCUUAACGAUUUUUUCGUUGAUGACAUUUUAUCAGGAAGUUACGAUGUAGAAACUGCAAUCGACAUUCAAAGUAAAGUUACAAAAAUACUACAAUCAGGAGGUUUUUAG